AUGCCUCAAACAUCUUCAAUCCAUUCUCUGAAGGGCAUCGAUGCAGAGAAGCACGAGAUAAUACCCACCGAGAAGAUCGCUCGUGGUCAGAACGAACACAUCUCAGCUGCGGAUGCAGAAUUUCUAGCAGGCUUUACCAAUGAGCAACGGAAACGAGUCCUGCGCAAGGUCGACUGGAGAUUGGUGCCCAUGCUCCUCAUCCUCUACCUGAUCUCGUUCAUUGACCGAGCCAAUAUUGGCAAUGCCAAAAUCGAAGGCUUGCUUCCUAGCCUCAACAUGACUGGCACAGAAUACAACAUCGCGCUCGCGAUCUUCUUCAUUCCAUAUACUCUUGCUGAGAUACCAAGCAACAUGAUCCUCGACAAGUUCAAUCGUCCGUCCAUCUUCAUGGGAGUAAUAGUAAGCCUCUGGGGAAUUGUCGUGAUGUGCACUGGAUUUGUGCAGAAUCUUGCUGGUCUCUGUGUAACUCGAGUCUUCCUGGGUCUGUUCGAAGCAGGAUUCUUCCCAGGCGCCAUCCUCACAAUCAGCAAAUGGUACCUACCACACGAAAGUCAGACCAGAAUCGCUAUAUUCUUUACCGCCAGCGCUCUGGCCGGCGCUUUUUCAGGCCUCCUUGCAUAUGGCAUCGUGAGAAUGGACGGCGUGGCCGGACUGGAAGGAUGGAGAUGGAUUUUCAUUCUCGAAGGGCUAGCUUCCGCAGUCGCAGGACUGGCCUGCUUCUGGCUCUUGAUCGAUACCCCUGCCUCCUCGACCAAGUGGCUGACGCCCGAUGAGAUCCGAUAUCUCGAGUUGAGACAAGUCGCCAUUGGCAGAUUCAAGCCUGUGGGACACAAGGAGAAGCACUUUGACAUGCGCAUCUUUUUGACAGUGCUGAAAGACUGGAAGAUAUACCUCCUCAUUCUUGCCUUCUGGUCCAACGUCACGCCAGAAUACGGACUGAAAUUCACCAUGCCUCAAAUCAUGAAGAACAUGGGCUAUACAUCAGCCAACGCCCAACUCCUGACCAUUCCGGCAUACACUGUUGGCGCGAUAUCGGCGUACAUCUUCUCGGUAGUCUCGGAUAGGUUCAAAUGGCGAAUGCCGACGAUAGUUGUACCGCAGAUCGCUGUGGUCGUGGCGUACGCCAUUCUGUCCGCGAAAGCUGCCGAGAUCAAGCAAAAUAUCGCGGUGUGCUAUUUUGCAGUAUGCCUGGCUUGUUUUGGGUUGUACCCCAUCGGUCCUGGCGUACAAGCUUGGAAUAUGAACAAUCUCGCAGGCCCAGCCAAGAGAUCUAUAGGAAUCGGCUUCAUGACCGGCAUUGGCAACAUGGGUGGCAUCACCGGGUCCUUUAUAUUCAUCGAGAAGGAGGCGCCAAAGUAUCCGACUGGUUUCGGUAGCUCCCUGGCGUUUGCUGCGGCUGGCAUUGUAGCUUGCCUUCUACUCGAGUUUCUAUUGUGGAGAAGCAACAAGAAGAAUGCAGAGCUUUCCGAAGAUGAAGUCCGAGAAAGAUACACUGAUGAAGAGCUGGACCAGAUGGGCGACAAGAGCCCUCUGUUCAAGUACACCUUGUAA